GCUUGGGAUGGGCAGAGCUAGAUGUGGGUAGGUCGGUCGGGGGCUGCAUCCCUAUCAUUCAGCCAGGAGGGUCCCAUAUUGCUUCUGGAAAACCUGGUCCCCCUUUCACCAGCUUCCCUUCCUCCUUCCUGGCUGAGGUUGAACAUGAUCUGGGAUAAAAGUCUGAGCCCCAGGGAUUUUUCAGGAGCGUCUACAGGGCAGGAUGAGCCCUGAAAACCAGCAGCGGGGAGGCUGUUUGCAGCAGCUUGUAACCCCCACCCUCUGCUUCUUCCAGGAGCCCCCACGAGAGCAUCUGGCCCCUCUGAGAAAAGAGAGAGAAGCAGCCAACGCUGAGGUGCAGCAGCAAAGCGAGGAGCUGCUGAACCGGACGGAAGCCGAGCGGCAGAAGCUGGUCGGGGAGUGGAAGGCCCUGCAAGGGUUUCUGGAGGAGCAGGAGCAGCUGCUGCUGUCCCGGUUGGAAGAGCUAGAGCGAGCCAUUGUCCAGAGGCGGAAUGAGGGUGUCUGCAGACUGACUGGGGCGAUUUCCCUGUUCGGGGAGAGGGGAGGAGAGAAGGGGCAGCAGCUGCUGAGCCAGUCCCUGCAGGUCAGGCUGUUGUUGCAAUGAUCACACGUAGAGUUUCUAUGGGGGGUUCUCAUCCCUAGGCUCCACAGCAUUUUGCAGAACAGGGCUGGGGGAAUUAUCCCUGCAGGAUAAUGUGGGACAAGGGGGGAGUGAGGCAGGGGGAGGGGCAGAGCCCUGUAGGAGGUCUGUAGAUGUCUGGCUGCAUUUGCACUUGGAGGGUGAAAUCCCCUCCCACCCAUGGAGAGGUCCUGAGCCAGGCCUAAGGCCCCGCUCACCUGGGUUUAUGGGUUUAGUGGGGCCCAGAGGUGGGACUUGUGGGUCUCUCAGUCCCAAGGGAAACUUGAUUCUCACUGCAGAAAAACCUAUUCUGCCUGUCAAGUGCCUGGGAAGAAGAUUUGCACAGUUGCCACCUGCUAGCAGGGAUUCCUGGGCUGCAGAGAGCAAAAGCCCCUGCUGGGGGAGAUGGCAGCUGCUCUCAGAACAAGACCCCCAGUAUCGGAAAUUCCCCAAGUACCAGAGGCUCCGGUGGGGAUUCCCCUGUGGGGCAGGAGGUUCCCAGCCUGGGACAAGGCCUCUGACUGCCUCUUCUGUCUCCCUCUCUAGGGCACUGGCAGUGCUGGGGGCAGGUAAGUCCUGGUCUCUUUUCACUCCCCCUCAUGGUGUGUUAGGUCUGGUAACCGCCCUGAAUGUGCAGCUGCUCCCUGCCCGUGCAGUGUGACACGCCGGCUCGGAGCCUGGGAUCUGUCUCCCCUAGCGGCUGCCUCAGCACGGGGCAGGGCCUGGCCCUGUCUGACAGCUAAUGAGGUCCCACCAGGGCGGUCAGACACAUGGGCCUUGGGCCGGACUCAGCCUGUCCGGUGUAUUUAUGUGGCAACGUCACGUAUUCAGAACCUUCAAUUUUUUAAAGUAAGUUUCUAGCCUUCCUGGUUACAGAGCAGCCUUCCCCGGUGGCCAGGGAGACUGUUGCUUCCAGAGCCUGCCCACGCUGUGGCUCAGAGAGGGGUAAACUCCCCAGUCUCUCUGUUUAUCGUCAUUGCAGCCAAAACUGCACAGUGGUCACGUGAGCA